CAUCAGAGAAGCCACAACUUGUUGCCAAGUGAGUUGACCUACCAGUUGCGCUGCAUCGCGCCUCCUAGAAUACGAUGUCUGGGCAAGAAGAGCAGCUCACCGAGUUGCUUCUAACGCUCAAGAAAACAACUCCAGAGCAAGCACGCGCUAUCCUCGCAUCCACGCCACAAAUCGCGUAUGCUCUCAUUGGUCUGAUGGUGAAAAUGAAUGCUGUAGACGUCCAAGUCCUGCAGAAAACACUCACGGCCUAUUCAGCAUCGAUCCAGCAACAGCAACAACAGAAUGCAGGUCCGUCGACGGCGCCUGUCAUACAGCCUGCUUCUGCAAUCCCACCCCACCUCCAGCAGUACCGUACACCAACGCCACAGUCACAAACGCCGCCGCACGUGCCAUCACAUACACCUACCCCUCCUCAUUAUCCCAAUGGACACGGGCAAGCUCCACAGCAAAAUUUCGGUUAUGGGGCGCCCUCUCAAUAUGGUAUACAAGGAGGAUAUAGCGCGCCACAACAAACCCCCAUAGGCGGUGGCAUGAUUCCAGAUGCCCUGGCAUCGAUUCCCGAGGAACAAAAGGCCAUGAUAAUGCGCGUCAUAGCUAUGACGCCAGACCAAAUCAACAUGCUGCCGCCGACAGAACGCGCGAGUAUUAUUCAGCUGCGUGCAACGCUAGGGCUGCCGUCAUAAGGGUCUGCGCUAGCCACUCAUAUCUGAAUACGACAUAGAUAACCCGCAUCGGGAUGAUACACCAGGGCGUUCCUCGAGAACGUAAGUGAUUUUCUUUUGACCCGCGGUGUAUCGACCAAGGCAGGCGCGAGUUUAACCCAUUGGAGAUGGUGACCAGCAAAUUAACCGAAUUGAUCUUGGCGAGCGACACUUGAUAGAAUUCUAAUUUACGAUUCAAUUACUCCGUUGUCUGAAUAAUGGACUGAUGAUGCAAAUGUGAUUCGGAGGCUUACAAAAAAUCUUUAGUAAAUGUUUAUCA